CGAUUCCUGCAAACAGCCUAUCUGUGCUGCCCUGUGAACAGUUUCACUGCUGAGAAAAGCACCCAAGGCUGGAAAACAGUGAGGUGCUGAGGGAAGAGCACAGACUCCAGAGUGGAAGGGAUAUAGGUUUCUGAGCCUAGAAGAUUGUCCUUUGAGCCCUGCCCCAGGACAGUGGAUGCCUCCUGUGAGAUGACUUCUUGACAUCUUCCUUACUUAUGCUGUUGAGCUAUGUUGUGGGGGUGUCUUCUCUCUUUCAGUGUGUCACCAGUACAGAUGAAGCCCUCAUUGCUGCUUCUGUCUCACCUCUGCCUGUUCAGCCUCACGCAUCCCUUGUGGGCAUCAGACUCAGCACAAGGUGCCUCCAGCCUAACUUGUUGGUAUGACUCACGGGCGGCUCUCUUCUGCGACUGGGACCCAGGCAGGGACCUGGUUGAAGCAUCGUGUCAGCUGGAGAUUUUAUCAAAUCAAGGUUUUUGUGACAGCUCAUUGUUGUUCUCUACCUUGAGUCUCAUGUCAUCUCCCUUACCCGGAAAAAACAAGAAGGACUGUGAAUUACUCAAGGCAGAACACAAGAGAGGACUGAGGAGAUGCAUCAAGACCUUCAGCCAAGACAAUAAUACUCAAUGCUUCACCAGGUCAGACCGUCUUGCCAUGUCUGUCCAUUGCCAGAUUGGAGAGAAUAAGUCUAUACCUGCGAGAAUAGAAAAUUUCAGUCCCCUUGCAAAUAUAAAGCUGAGGCCUCCAGGAAAUCUUCAUCUGGUUAACAUAACUGAAAACACCUCCAACUUAACAUGGAGCCUGAAUAUUUCCUCUCACUAUUUGAAUGGGGAGCGGGAAUACCAAGUGCGGUACCGAAACAUGAGUCAGUCCUGGGAGGAGGCCAUGAACUUGCCCAUUGAACAUGACCAGAUGUGGGCAAAUUUUGAGAGACUCUCACCCAACUCGAAAUAUGAGGCAGCUGUCCGUGCAAGGCCAAGUGCCAGAAGCACCUACAAAGGCGUGUGGAGUGACUGGAGCAAGCCGAUACUGUGGAGGACACAUGCUGACCAUAAGGAUCAGUCAGAAACAUCCUGGCCAGCCCUGCAAGCUCUUAUAGUGAGCACUUUCCUCUUCAUCAUCAUUGGGACUGCCUUCCUUACUAACUCACGGAGCCUGAAAUGGUUUAAAAAGAUCCUGAAGAUUCACAUCCCAGAUCCUGAGAAGUUCUUUCCCCCACUUGUUUCACUUCACGGAGGUGACAUUCAGAAAUGGCUCUCCUCCCCAUUCUCCACAUCUUCCUACUGUGUGAACAGCACAAUCCCAGAGAUCUCUGUGCUCGAAGUAAUGCAGAAGAGUGACCAGGAAUCCCGGUUUCUACUUUCCAAGGGAUCCCUGACUCCUGAUCCUCCCUCAGAAACCAGUGUGCACUCUGUAUCCAGCUGCUUCACCAACCAAGGUUACUUCUUUUUCCACCUUCCCAACUCCUUUGAGAUCGAGCCCUGUCAGGUCUACUUCACCUACGAGCCUUUCACUCAGGAGGGCAGUGGCAGCAAGGAUGGCAAGUCCCACCAUGCUCUCCCCUCUCCAGACCUCUGCACACUGGCAGAGGACAUGACCAUGUUGCCCCGCAACUUCUUUCAUUGUAUCAAGGCAACCCAGGGCUUCCAAAACAGCUCCAUCAUGAGAGAGACAGAAGGUGAAGCCCAGCAGGCCAUGGCUAUUUCUGGGUCAAGUGAAGGCACCUCACCAACACCAGCUCUGAAACAGGAUGAGAAAGUGAUGGACAAAGCAGUUUCACAACCUGAUGAGGCCCUGUGCCAGCAGCUGAACACUGACUUUCCCAAUCCACUGGACCUGCAUGACAGCAAUACUAUCAAUGCAACAGAGCGGAGUGGGAAGGCAGACCCUCCAGCUGACCCUUGUACACCAGCAGCAAAUGCUACCUCUUCUCUCUCCCAGCUUCCACCUCUAAGGCAAAGACAGGAUGAGGAUCCAUGCAAAACAGCCUUCUCCAGCCAGGUCCCAAACACUGAUUCCUACCUUUCUCUGAAGGACCUCCAAAGCCAGUAUAGCCAUUGCUCGAUCUAGAAUUGGUCUGGAGGAAACCCACAAAUGGUAAAAGCCACCUCUUCAGGGAAGGCUAGAUUGACAGUUUUUCUAUUCAGGACAUGAAUGUGGCUUCAGUAGCAAACCUAUUGGGACUGCUCAUCAAUGAGGCUGGAGAACAUAGGCCAACAAAGACUCAUCUUCAUA